AUGCUAGCAUUAUGGUCUUUCUAUUUUUUCAGACACCUUUCACUCCUAUGGUACGGAACAUCCGUCGUAGGGUGUGUGCUCGCUGUCAGGCUCGCUUCACAAGUAAAUCAGCACUUAGACGACACAUGGCUGAACAGCAUGAAGGACGGGUCCGUCUGGUUUGUCUAUUUUGCGACCGUGCAUUCAGUAGGAAAUAUGAUCUAAAGAGACAUCUUCAAGAUAAACACACGGCUACUGAAAAUAAUAAUAUCUCACCAACAUCUAGUAGUACAUUGGCGAAGACCAAUCCACCUGCUUUGCAGAACCCUCGGCUAAUAGGUAAUUCACAGUUACCUCUGCCGCCAACCAAUGAACGUCAAUUUCCACCAGUGCAACAACAAGCACAUAGUACAAAUCUACGUCCUCUUGCCCAACCGGCUAGCUCUGCUACUGGAAGGGUGAAUACCAUGCACCAUCAUCACCAUAUGAAUAUAAAUGGACCGACCCCGUUACGUUUACCGCAUGUUAAUGUAAACAAUCCUUUGACUAUAAACAGUACUCCCGGUACAGUUCUGCAGCAGCGUUCACCAACGAGCAAUCAAGGGCACUUGCUUAUCCCUCCGAGUGUGAACACCAUCACCCUGCCACGUCCAACAACUUCACAGGGAUCAGGUGGCACACAACACAGGAGGCUAAAUCAAUCAUCAGUCUCACAAUCACAACCAAUCUUACAACGCCCAGCCCCAAGCCAUACUGUGGUACAUGCUGUUCAAAGAUCAAAUGAAACACCACAGACAAAAUCUCUGACAACGACUGCUGUGCAGACAGAAAUGCCACCAAAGAGCGAAGUUCAACCAGUACCCAGGAGACCAGCCAGACGAAUAGUUAGUGAAACGACCACAACAGAGUUGCUUGAUGAUGGAGUGGUUGUUGCUCGUGUGACCAAGACUAGGAAUUAUGAAGUGUAAAGGAUGUCAGAGCUCAAGAUCAACAACCCUAGUGGAAUAUAAAGACACACCACAGAGAUAUUGAAUUGUCUAUAAGCUGCACUGCCAAAGUUCCUCAGAUAAACUCUGGAAUGGAUGGCCAGAGUUUAUUGUGGGAAGCAUAUUUAAUAGGAGUCACUAGUGUUUCUUAAGUGAACUCUUUAAUGCAACCGUGGUUCCUCAAAUGAACUGUGAAGCACAUUGCAAGACUUCUUCUAAAGUGAACUCUGUGAUCUUUAGAAUUACUCAAAUGAACUCCGGAAUCCAUUGCAAGAUUUUUUCUUCUCAACUCUGGGAUGCAUCAUUGAGUUCCCCAUUUAAACCAGAGGUUAUUAUCCAUCUUUGAAUAUUUGAGUUGGAUUGUUAUAUAUACAGAUGAUUAAUAUAUUCUUUAAACAUAUUUAAACUACUUAAUAUAUUUGCCAUGAUCUUGCUGUGAAUAUGCAAUAUAAUGUUUUAUUUUAUUUAAUUAAUUAUUUAUGUGUUAUUCUUGUGUGUGUGUUGGAGAUAAAUUUUUUUUUCAUCCACUCCAGUGGAAUAAGUAAAAAGACAUGGUACCGCAAUUUUUAAAAUUGUAUUUAUUAUUAUAAUAACAGUUUAUGCGUUUAUGGAUAACUGUUACAUGUGUUUUUUCCAUAAAGAGGAAUAUGUUAUGCAAAUAUAAUUAUUAUUUAAUCAUAAUGUACAUCCCAUGCUUAUAUUUAAUAAUUUUAUUAAAUUAUCUUUUUAACAGCAAUCUCACUAUGAUUAUUCAAAAUGUGACAUAAGGUUUAUUAAAAAAUAAAUAAUAAACAUAUAUUUGUACGAUAAAAAUUGGGUUGAAUAUGAUGGAUGGUGCAAUUAACAAUCCAUGUUGAUCUGUUUAAAUUUGACACUACUGUAGGUAAAAAAAAAGGUAUUAUGUCAUGCUUAAGCAUGGUGACAAAGAAAAUAAUGUGUUUGUGUUCUUUAAUCAUAGGCUGAGGCCUAAUUUUAGGGUGGCUAACCUACCCAUUGUACUCACCCAAUGCAUUUUGGCUGGUUAAAUUGUAACCACUGGGCUAAGAUUCAAGGUUUAUGUAUUAAAUUUAUUUAAGAUUGAAAAAUGGCUUUUUCAAACCUUGUAAACUGCAAAUAGCCAGAUGCUAAAAUAAAGCAACAAGCAAGAAAUUGUAUAAAAAAAUGUAGUAUUUUAAUGUCAUUAAUUUUUAAAAUCUUAAUAUAUUGAAUGGUUAUGGAUUACUUCUAACUAUAUAGGCUUACAUCAUGACUAUAGUAUUUCAAAAUGUUUAGUUGUUUUAAAGUUUGCAGGGCAACUAAAAAUAAUGGAUAAUUAUGUGAUACAUCAUGUAGAAAGUCCAUAUUGCAUUGUUGAAAAUGUCUUGCUGAUUAAAAUAGGUUGCUCUAAUUAUUCAUCUUCAAGUGAAUUAUCGUGAUCAUCAUUCUCAGGAGAACCAUCUAUUUUAAAAUAUAUUCAAAAUAACAUGACAUUAUAUAAGUUAUUAAAACAUGAUCCAUUUUUCAAAAUGUUUAGAUUAUUUAUCUAUGCAUUUAGCAACUCAUAUUUUUUAAGGCAUCCAAAUUAUGUAAUUAUUUAAAGUUACCUGUACUUUUUAGUUUCCCCUGUUUUAUAGUAAUUUACAUGAGGGUCUGGUGAACAUUGUAUGAUGUUGUUUAUAAAUAUUUGGUUGGGUUUAUCUUUCUGUGUGGUUCUUAUAGCUUGGUGGUAAGGAUGCCUGCCUUCCAGUCCCAUGGGUUUGGAUUCAGAUCCUGUGACAUUGUUCUUGUAUUUAGCUAGUGUAAUUGCUAUUUGGUAUAAAAUUAAAAAAUUAAAAAAAUCGAAUUAUGUGUGACAGGGGUGGCACAUGGAUUUGACCGAUGGGAAAGGGGGAGGAGUGUGUGCUGAUGUCCCCACUGAGUGCAAAGUGGACGUGAUCAGGCAUCGCUCAAAAUGUAGUGAAAGUGGUCCUAAUAUGACAAUUUAGGGGUUUCAAAGGCUUGUUUAAUCGAUAUUAUAGAUAGUGUACUAAAUACGUAGAAAUACAUAUAAUUUUUUUUCUCUCCAACGAAUUGUGGUUUUUCUUCCCGACAGAGGCCCUUGCCUCCCGGCUCCCACUGGUUCGCCACCCCUGAUGUUUGAUAAAAUUGGAAUGUAAAUAGCUUACUGUAGCAUUGCAGUUUUUAAAUGUUUUUACUGUUUUGUGGUAGGUUGUACAGUAUAAUACAGUAGAAUAUUCUUAUGUGCUGUAAAAAUGGAAAAUUAUAUUUGCUGAUUAUUAGUAAAUAUUUGUAUAUAUUUUGGAGUUGUUCAGCUUAGUGGUUAAGAUGCUUGCCUUUUAAUCCCAGGGUCCUGGGUUCAAUUCCUGUCACAGCAGGACUUUUUCUCACAACCAAAAUCAACUCCACUUCCUGGGCCUCACCUCAAUAUGAGACUUUGUUUAUAAAGAAUCGCUCCAUCCUGUAAGUGGCAAGUGUACAUGCUGUUGGAUGUGUAGGAAAACAAAUUAAUUAAAUAUACAAAUAGAUUAUUUUCACUUUUGCUCGUAGGGGCAAAUGAUCCAUUUUUAAUAAUUUCUCAACUUGUGUGUUGCACUCUUCCUUUCCUUCCCUGUCCAUGCAGUACUAUUUUUUGUAUAUUUAUUUUUAAUCUUCUUAUAUUCCCUUUAAUUAUUGUCUCUAAAUUAUUUAAUUACUGUUCUUGUGAACUUUCAGACUAGCCUAAUUCGAUUGAUGUGAGGUUGUUUUAUACCAUAUUUAUACCAAAUGAUUUAAAAGUAAAUUAAAUUAGUUAAAAAAAGUAAUUUAUUACAUUUUAGAUAAUAUUUUACACAUAGUGUGUAUGAUUAAAUAAUCAUGUUCAUUAAUAAUUAAUGUUUUUUUCUCCGCCGUUGACAAAAUGCAUAACAUUAUAACUGAAUCCUUUCCAUAAUGCUCUUUAAAUGUCACUUCAUUUCAUUAUUUAUUUUAAGUUAAAAAAAGUGUGUAUAAUGUAUUAUUAAAGGCUAUGUUAAUUUAUGAUGGACAUAUAAGAUAAAUUAAAUAAGGUGUCUUAUAGUUUCAUCUGAUUUUUUCUAUGUCAAAGGUCAUAGCAUAAACAUUUAGUCUAGCCUAUCACAGAACAUGUAUCAAAUCACACACCUUAUUUAAUGAUAGUGCUUAACUUAUGUUUGCAAAAAUUUGCAAUGUGAUAGGAUAAAUUGUUCCAAUGCCUUGAACUUUGACAUGUGCAUGUGGAACUACAGGAGAUCUUAUUGAUAUGUGUGCAGUAUAAUGUAAUGUGUGUAUUCCUUGGGAAAUAAAAGUUCAGUGAAUAAGGUCUCUUAUAAUUUCAUCUGAUUUUUUUCUAUGUCAAAGGUCAUAGCAUAAACAUUUAGUCUAGCCUAUCACAGAGAAUGUAUCAAAUCACAGACCCUAUCAAAUGAAUGUGUUUAACAUAUUAUGUUUGCGAAUAUGUGCAAUGUGAUAGGAUAAAUUGUUCCAAGGCCUUGACCUUUGACAUCUGCAUGUGCAUGUGGAACUACGGGAAGUCUUAUUGAUAUGUGUAUGAUGUAAUGUGUGUAUUCCUUGGGAAAUAAAAGUUAAAUAAAUAUGUAUAGUGCUUAUGAGAUAUUUAUCUGCACUAUGUUUUUUUGACUAUAUUGUGCUAUUGGUUGUAGUUUGAAUUGCAUUCUGUGUUGUCUGAAGGUGCCUAUGCAUUUCCAAGUGGUCGGGGGUUCGAAACUCUUGCUGUGCAAACCGUUUGUGUCCUUUCCACCCAGGAGUAAGUGGGUACCUGGUAGGUUCGAACACAACUGCGCUGAUUACUAGCUGCAAUAUUAUGGAAUUCUCCCCAGGGAGCUAAGUAUGUGUUCCAUACGUGUUUGAUCAAAUGACCGGGGUAGUGAUGUGAAGCGCUUAGAGGCUUUAUGCAUGAAGCACUAUAUAAGAACAACAUAUUAUUAUGCUCUUUUGUUGAGUUGGUGAUAUCGAUAAUAUGGUCUUCAUAAGUCAAAUACUGAUGGCACAGUAUGUUUUUAUGAUAGUAGUGCAUAUGGUGUGAUCUGUAUUUUAAUAAUUAUUUGGCUUUGUAAACUAAUUGUGUACAGUACAUCAAGUUUUAAGUAACAAAAAUACCUGCAAUGUGUCCAUAUUAUAUAAAGGUUAUAUAUCACAAUGGCCAAAUAUGGACAAAUCACACAUGUUUGUGACAUAAGAUUUGAUAUUGGGGACAAAGCUUAAUAAAUGCUGUAUUACUGCUCUA